GGAGGUCUCGCCUGGACAGCAACGGCGGAAGAAAAAAAAACCAGCGGUGCUGUGCACAAACCAACAGCGCUCUUGAUCUCAUCUGGCGUUUGUGUGUCACAGCAUCCCCUCUUCCGGAGUGUGUGGCAUGCACGCACACGCUUACACACACACACAGACAGAGAUAGAGAGAGACACACACACAAACACAGACACCCAGACCUGUACAUCUCGCUGCUUUCUGCUCCCCGCAGGAACAAUGUCCCUGGCAUAAUCUCUGCUCUGCGUUGGGGGGAUGUCUUCCUCUCUUCCUCCCUCUUCCUCUCUCUCCCUUUCCUCUCCCCUUCUCUCCCUCCCUCCCACCGUGUCAUCCCCAAUUCCCUUCCCUCCUGGUUAUUUGCUUCUCGCCACUGGAAUAAGCAGCUGGCUGGCGUCAUAAACUUUACCAACGGGGUGAGGGGGAAAAAAAAAAAGAGGGCUCGGUCCAUCCACCCGCUCUCCACUGGAUUAAUCUCCUGACCAGGUUUCCGAAGGAGCCGCCGCGCCCUGCCGGGGUGGAAAAAGGAUUUAUCCUACAGCCAGCUCCCGGAAGGAAUCCUUUGAUCAUUCGGUGGAUCGUGCUGAUACUUUCAGUGAGAGUUUUUUUUUUUAAAAGACUUUCUUUUCAUCCCCUCGAACAACAGGCCCACACAGCCUUGACAAGCCAGCUCUGGGGAGGGGUCUCUUCAGAGGCCGUUGCGGGCUUUGCCAAAGCAGAGAUGAAGGACGGGCCUCUCCAGGAUCUUCCCAGGCCUCGUUUGGAAGUGCCCAACUGUUGCUAAACCGUUGCCGGAUGAAAGUGCUGAAGUCGUUGGGGGAAGGAAGGGCAGGGAAGGAGAAAGGAAGGGCCUGGCGGAGAUCGAACCAGGAUCUGUUCGGAUCGGGGCUUUUCUGGCUGCUCAACUCCGCAGCAUGGUGGGCGACGACGUUUAGCUCAGAUGGGAGCAGAGAAGCCUUCCGGCUCAGAUCGAGUGGUCUGAAAGCAGAUCCCAGCGAAAGGGAGACAGACAGCAGGGGAGGCUGUUGAGGGGUCACCCCACUGCCCCUUCUCCACGCGUCUUAAGGGGAGGCGCCCCCGGAGGCAGAGUUGGAAUUGGUCCACAUCCAGGAGGUCGGUGGCACUUCGGAGAUCGUUGAGAGGCUUUUGCGAAAGGGGGCUGAGCUGUUCUGGAUGGUCCAGGGGAUCCGGAGGAGAAAGACAGAGCCGCUAAAGCAGCAACCGGAUUGAAGGCAGACGGACUCUCGCCUCCAGCGGUCAGCCGCUCUUUUUCUGCAUCCGAGAGACAGGUAUUGUAAAGGUUCAAAAGGCUUCAACCUGGGACGGCCAAAGGCACCGGGCACCAUGGCGACAGCGUCGCCAACAGCCGCCGUGGUGACCGCCACUGUGGUGACCACGGCGGCCGCUAUGGACUUGCGCGACUGGAUCUUCCUCUGCUAUGGGCUGGUGGCCUUUCUGAGUGAGGUGAUUGACAGCACGACCUGCCCCUCGGUCUGCCGGUGUGACAACGGCUUCAUUUACUGCAACGACCGGGGCCUCACCUCCAUCCCGGCUGACAUUCCGGACGAUGCCACCACCCUCUAUCUGCAGAAUAACCAGAUCAACAAUGCGGGAAUCCCUUCUAGUUUGAAGAAGAAACUCAACGUUCAGGUCAUCUACCUCUACGAAAAUGAUCUGGACGAAUUCCCCGUCAACCUGCCUCGCUCGCUGAAGGAGCUGCAUCUGCAGGACAACAACGUCCGUACCAUCGCCCGGGACUCCCUGGCCAGGAUCCCUCUGCUGGAGAAACUGCACUUGGACGACAACUCGGUCUCCACCGUCAGCAUUGAGGACGAUGCCUUUGCUGACAGCACCCGCCUCAAGCUGCUUUUUCUCUCCCGCAACCACCUCAGCAGCAUCCCAUCCGGGCUGCCGCGCACUCUGGAGGAGCUUCGCCUGGAUGACAACCGCAUCUCCACCAUUCCCCUCCACGCUUUCAAAGGCCUGAACAGCUUGCGGCGUUUGGUGCUGGACGGCAACCUGCUCGCCAACCAGCGCAUCGCGGACGACACUUUCAGCCGCCUGCAGAACCUCAGCGAGCUCUCGCUGGUGCGCAAUUCCCUGGCGGCCCCGCCACUCAACCUGCCCAGCGCCCACCUGCAGAAGCUGUACCUUCAGGACAACGCCAUCAGCCACAUCCCGUACAACACCCUGUCCAAGAUGAGGGAACUAGAGAAGCUCGACCUGUCCAACAACAACCUGACCACCCUGCCCAAGGGCCUUUUUGAUGAUCUGGAUGGCCUUUCCCAGCUCCUGCUGAGGAACAACCCGUGGUACUGCGGCUGCAACCUCAUGUGGCUGAGGGAUUGGGUCAAGGCCCGAGCUGCGGUAGUCAACGUCAGAGGACUGAUGUGCCAAGGGCCUGACCGGGUCAGAGGGAUGGCCAUCAAAGACAUCACCAAUGAGAUGGAUGAGUGUUUUGAUGUUGGCCAGCAAAGCAACUCAGCGGUGGCGGCCAAGACGACGGCCAGCAAUGCUGCCGUCACCACCCCGCAGGGCUCCCUCUUCACCCUCAAAGCCAAACGCCCAGGCAUCCAGCUGCCUGAUUCCAACAUCGACUAUCCAAUGGCCACCGGAUCGGGAGCCAAGACGCUGGUGCUGAACGUCAAGCCGCUGACUGCCGACAGCAUCCGCAUCAGCUGGAAGGCGUCCCUUCCGGCAGCCUCCUUCCGCCUGAGCUGGUUGCGCCUGGGCCACAGCCCGGCCGUCGGCUCCAUCACCGAGACGCUGGUGCAAGGCGACAAGACCGAGUACCUCCUGACCGCCCUGGAGCCCAAGUCCACCUACAUCAUCUGCAUGGUCACCAUGGAGACAGGCAACACCUACAUCCCGGACGAGAGCCCUGUGUGCGCCAAAGCCGAGACCGCCGACAUGUACAGUCCCACUACCACCCUCAACCACGAGCAAAACCUCGACCCCAUGGCUGGGCUGCCCCUGGCGGGGAUCAUCGGCGGGGCAGUGGCCUUGGUCUUUCUCUUCCUGGUCAUGGCUGCCAUUUGCUGGUACGUCCACCGGACCGGUGAGCUACUGACGCGCGAGCGAGGCAGUCGCAAGAAGGACGACUACAUGGAGUCGGGCACCAAGAAAGACAACUCCAUCUUGGAAAUUCGAGGGCCCGGCUUGCAAAUGAUCCCCAUCAAUCCUCACCGGGCGAAGGAAGAAUACGUCAUCCACACCAUAUUCCCUUCCAAUGGAACCAGCCUUUACAAAAGUACCCACACAAUUGGCUACGGCACAACUCGGGGAUACAGAGAAGGGGGCAUCCCAGACGUAGACUACGCCUAUACAUGAUGCAAAGUUUUUCCCCUCCUUCCAGAUGCAUCGUGCCGCCUUCCCCCCCCCUGCGCCCACAGUACACACGCUCCCAUUUUUACCCUCUCCCCAACCUCUCUCUCACAAACACACGCACACCGCACACAGGUUUGGGUUUGGAUCGGUUCUUUGGAUGGGUGGUUUUCGGGAGGGGGGGGGUUUGGCCGAGAAGGAAGAGAAACGGGCAAACGCAGACUUAUAUUUUCAGAGCAGAACCAGCUAGAACCGAAGGGGAGGGAAAGGGAAGCAAAUUUUACAAACCAACCUCUUUUGUAGGGGAGGGGAAGAGCGAGAAAACCCACACAGCGUACACAACGAAGUUUUGAAAAGUAGAUACGGAGGGGACAAAAGACAUAAUUUAUAUUUAAUAUGCCAGAUUUAAAACAAAAACAAAACAAAAAACAAAAAAAGGAGCGGUCGGGAGGAACAAUUGUGAAUGAACUUUUGGUUUUAUUGGGCUUGCGGUGGUUGUUGUUUUUUUUUCCCCUGCAAGGGGAUAGAAGGGAACAGGGGAAGAUCUAGAGGAAAUGACACUGAGAAUCAAAAAAAAAAAUGCUACCUGUUUAUCUUUCUUCCUGUAUAAAUCUUCUAUUUUGUUCAGGGGUUAGAUUAUAAAAAAAAAGAAAGAAAGAAAGAAAAAUGGAUACCCUUGUCGUGAUGGCUAAACUGUCAACUGUCCUGGAGGAUGCGUGGGGAGAUCAUUCUUGUUUUGCACCCCGUAAUUCUGCUUUCCUUACAGGUUCUGGAUUUAUCGUGCAAAAUUGAACAAUGCGGUUCAGGGGCGGGGUCCCCCCCCGUUUUUCUUUGGAGGGGGGCGUUCUGAAAAAUCGCUCUUUGUCACAACUGGAGAAUCUUCUGUGGUCUUCUGGUCAACGCAGCUUCAGUGAUAAAGCUCUCCAUCGUUACCUCCUCUUCACCCAGCUAUCAUUCGAGACGAUUUUCUCUUCGUAGGAAUAAACUCACCAUGUAGCCCUUGCCUUUUUAGCAAAACAAACAAACAAACGAAAACUGACGUGUGAAGAUGGGACAGGCCAGCAGCGUCUUCCAACCAGCAAGAUAAUCAAACCUUCCAUGGUGGGGGGGAGGGGGGCUCUGAAUACCCAAUGAAUCUCAGGUUCACACGGGAAUGGUUUUUUGAGAUGUUCCCAAGAUGGUUCAAAAGUUCUGUCUCUCUCUUAACUCAGUAUUUGCUAACUUGGGGGGAUCUGGGGAUCCUGAUAGGUGCCACGGUCUCCAUGUCACCUCAAUGCAAGGUCCUGGUCUCUUCCAUCCAACUUGUGGUUCGUCAAAUCAAACGUACAGCUUCUUUCUCCUUCCAAGAGCUUCCUGCCCUUGUGUUCUCAUGUGAGGAGGAUGAGCAGAUCGCUUGUGGCACUUCAGGCAAGUGGCAACCACACUGGCUGCCAUUUUCUCAAUUGUACCCCCCAAUUUAGACCUCUCACGGAUUCAGUGCAGGGCUUGUUUCUCUCCAGAGCGAAUCCAGGGGCUCAAAAGUUGCAGAGUUACUGUAGCCAAAGGCAGGUCCUCCAGAUGAUCAGGAGGCUGAAAAGCCAGUUAAGGUUCAAAACAGCUGGCCGUCUUGGAGGGGGGGGGGGGAAGCAAAGCUGCUUGAUAACGCAGUUGCGGUGGAGAAGGAGAAGAAGAAGAGACUGCGGAUCGUGGUGGAGUUGGCGAAGUUGAGCGCAAUUGACUCAGAGCAACCCACAAUUCAGAGUUGUUUGUAAACAGUUAACGGAAUAACAAGAGUUGGAGGGGACCUUGGACCCAGUACCAUUUUAGACAAAACGGCCACUGAUGCAGGACAAAGCACUUGGAACGUUGGCUUGACCUGGUGGAUUUUGGGCAGCACCGAUGGGCUGACCUCCGAGAAUGCCCACACGCAAGACUCAAGUUUGGUCUUCUAGCAUUGCCAGGGAAAGUUUUUAUUUGCGCGGAGGCGCCCAAGAACAACAAAGAAGAGUGUGCAGAGCCAAGGCUACAACUGGCUGAUGGACUACUGCUCUGAGUCACUGUAGGAUCUGACCCUGGUUCUGACUAAACCCCGAGACGGUCUUUCCCGACCUUCAGGAAAACACACAAACAAGCCGGGAGAAGGAGGGUGGGAGGAUGAGAGAAGAAAUUGCUCCAGCCUAGCUAAUAUUUAUCCACCAAACAUCGCUUUCCAUAAUCAGGGCCUGGGACCCAAGGUGCUGGUCUCACCUCCCGUGAAGUGUAAUUUUAUUAAAUGCUUCACUCCGUACCCAGCACUUCACAAAACGAGAUAAUGUGAGCAGGCUCUCGGGGAGCUGGCGUUUAGCACACGGCAAAGUCGAAAUUUAAAAUAUAUAUAUAUUUUUAAAAAAACGUGCCCAAAAAAUGCCUCUCCCCAUCUCUCAUUAACGUGGGUGAUUUGAUGGGUGCCGGUAUAUGCCGGCGUGUGCUUGGCAUUUGCCGUCACAAGCAAUUUGCAGCUCAGAGUUGUCAAGUUUGAGUUUUAGGAGAGGUUUUUUUUAUUUAUUUAAUUUUGAAAACAACAAGCUAGAGAAAGGAGCCAGGGGCAUCCCAGAGGAGUGAAAACGGGCCUUUGUGCUUGACCUUUUGCAACCUUCUUAGGGAUAGUUGCAUUUAAACCAUGAUCUUUAUGGCCUGGUAUUUCCAGAGCUGUUUUGUUGUUGUUUUUUUAGGACCACCAUGCCCAACAUCCUUGUUUAUUAACUAAGUUAGCUGGCACCAAAAGGAGUGGAAGGGUAUCACAAAGCUGGAACAGGCAAAACAUCCAGCGGUUCCUUAUUUUUGGAUCUUGAAUGGCUGAGCAAGAUACAGAUAGUCCCCAACUUACAAGCAUUCAUUUAGUGACCAAAGUUACACUAAAAAAAAGUGACUUACAGUA